AUAAUACUAAAUGUUGUAAUUGCUUUAUGGCUUUUUAAUCCUCUUUUUUUUAUGUGGUCUAAUGUCUUUUGAGCUCAGUAGUGUCUCAAGUCUAAACGCAGUCAUAAAUUCAUUUCUUUGAAUAUCGUUUCGUUCAUAAGUGCAUUAAAACUAUGAGGAAUGUUCUUUUAUUGAUUUUGUUAUGUGUUUUGAUAGCAGCUAAUUCAAUCGAAAUUAAUCAGAAAUUUGGUGAGGAUGGUGAUAAGGAAAUUACUUGGGAAAAGUUUAUGAAAAAAGCUUUGUGGUCAAUGAAUACAAUUGCAGAAUGAAUACAACCGUCUAUGAAUUCUUCAUUAACAUUUAGAAAUAUCAAUGAGUCAUGCGUUAAUAGUUUAUUAUUGUAUUUUGAAGGAAUAAAAAUGUGGGAGCCUUGGGCGAUCAAAAUGGUAGAUGCAACUGGUAGAAUUCCUAGCGGCCUAAUGACUGGUACAAUGACAGACUUUGGAAAUUUUGACGAAUGUUUGCAAGUGAGAUAUAAUUCCGAAUCCGAAAAUUUCCAAGGAAAGUUUUGUAUGAUAGGAUUUAAAAUUCCUCUGGUCCAGCCCCCCAAUGGAAAAACAACGAGUGGAGAAUCCUACUUAGAUGCUUAUGGGAGCCCACCGGAAUGGAUAUCUGAAUUUAUGAGAGAAAAACGAGGUUUUGUAGCGCAUUUCCGUUUAUUUUUUGGAUCUUGUUUACCAUCUUCUUGCAGUGAUCAGGACAUUCAUAAUCUAGUCUCAAAAGUCACGGAACCCUGGACUUCAAAUAUUGUGGUGUCAGACUGUCAAACAGAUCAACCAAGAGAGUGGACUACUUCUGGUAUCAUUGCGCUGUGCAUUUUGAUGGCAUUAUUUGGUACUUGCAUUUUGGGAACUGCUUUGGAUUCACAUGACAAAAACAGAAUGGCUGUAUCCAAAUAUUCCACACCAACUAAAGAGUCGUUUUGGAGAAAAAGCUUGAAAUCAUUUUCCUUACCUGCAAAUUCAGCAAAAGUUUUCGAACCGAAGAAAGGAAAGCAUUUCUUGGACUGUAUUGACGGUAUUCGUUUCUUCUUAGCCAUAAUGGUUAUAAAUACUCAUAUCGCACUAUAUAGAGAGCGGUGGAAGGAACUUAAAUAUACUUCCGUUUAUAACAUUACAUUCAUCUUUAAUGCUCUGACAAUUUUAGUUGAAAAUGCUUGUGUAGGCUUGGAAAACUUCAUCGUAAUCAGUGGAUUUUUUCUGGUAUAUAGUAUGAAGAAGAAAAUGGAUAAGAACGGAGGUAAAAUAGAUUUCAUAGAAUCUAUUACUCACAAACUUUGGAGAUUUUGUCCAUUAUUUAUAUUACACGUUGUCUUAAUGUUAAUAGUACCAAAUCUUCAUUUUGAACCCAUAUGGAACUCUUCAUGGGAUUUUGAAAUUAAUAAAUGUCAGAAAUCAUGGUGGAUGAACAUCUUCUUUAUGAACAAUUUUGUACAUUCUAAUGAUAUACAUACACCCAGAUUUGGCCAAGCAACUAGCUCGAUUUCGAUUUUCAAAGUUCUGUCGUUUCUUAGCCACGUCUGA